AUGGGGGAAGAGAAAUGGACGGGGAAGAUUUACAUGGAGAAUGAGUAUUAUUUUGUAGCGUAUUGGUUGGAGAUUUCAAAGAUGUAUGAUAAAAUGGGUGAGAGAUAUGAAGAGGUGGAGAAAAGGGUGGAAGGGUUGAGAAGGCGGCAUGCUGAGAAAGUUAGUGAACAUUAUGGUGAAGUGAGGGAGGAAUAUGUUAAGGAUUUUGGGGAGAUGAAGAGACCUUUGAUUACGCAUUUUACAGGGUGUCAACCUUGUAAUGGUCAUCAUAAUCCAAUGUAUAGUGCUGAUGAUUGCUGGAAUAGUAUGGAGAGGGCUUUCGCUGAUAAUCAGGUGCUGCGUAAGUUUGGUUUCUUUCAUCGGAAUCUGUUGGAUAAAUCUGUUUCUCCAUUACCAUUAUUUGGAUACCCCGCUGCACCAGCAUAA